GCUCCACCCUUACGCUACGACAAUAUGUGGACGUCUAACCAUCGAAAGUCACUGCUCUUUACAAUAUCGGGACUCCUGACCACAACGUUUGUCAAUGCCCAGAAUUACUCCUGCCCAAGCAAUUUCCGGGAUUACAGAAGCGUGAACUCAACCGGCCAGCACGAAUUCACUUGGAACUCCUCCUACGCUGGUGAAGACUCGUGGUAUGUCUCUGUCCUCAUUGGAUCUCGAGAAACCGAAUGGAAUGAUGGGAGCGACGUCGAUGCGACUGCUUACAUCUCCGCUCCUGGAAACGUGCGCAAUGGCACAGGAUACUGCAGCUACCAAUACAACAACAUCAAUGCGACGUUAGAAUCCGGAGGAGAGAAUAGCUGUAGCGGUGUGAUCAGCUCGGUCUGCAUAGACCAUCUGACCAAUGCACUAAGCGAAGUAGCGACCUACUGUCCUAGCCCCGACACUGGGUCCACAUCAGAAGCGUUCAAGAAGGCGUGUCCAAUGUUGAGAGGCGGUUCACACAACACCAAGUUCAUCGACGUGGCAAAUAACACGUGCGCCUACACCGACAUGCCCGAGGUGAAUAUCCCCGACAAUUACAGCACGUUCGGAACAGUCAUAGGCCUCCAAGCGUCCGAUACGAUCGCCAAAGUUGGUGCGAAUGAGACUUAUGAUCUCCUAACGCGUCAGACAAUCCCACUCGUCCUACUGGGACGGUUUAUUGACCCAAAAUCAAAUCGGGUACAAAGGAGCGUCGAGUUCGUGUGUAUGACUGCGAACAAUACAGUGAUGGGGAGCCGUAUACCGGACCAAGAGACGCCUUGGGAGAGUGUUGGGGCUCAUGUUAGUGCUAAGACGGUGGGAUGGGCGGUCAGUGUGGUUACGGCGGUAAUGUUUGUCUUGUAA